AGGGUACCCUCAGCGUCAGCGUGAUGUCAGCGGCAAUUUUAGUUUUUUUUAGAAGCCGGUGUGAUUCAGACCGCAGUGUGUGUCGUGCGCGCUCGCGUCCCAUUCGCUCAAACACGCGUACGCGUCAAGCGUCUAUCCGUACGUCGUUUCCGGUCGUUUUGAACGGUGCAUCUGGUUUUUAACAAUCCUACACUACCCUCGGUCAACAUCAGCAGAACGUCGAUCGAGAAUCUAGCUGCGAGAUUACCGUGGAUCAAAUGUGCGUGGGGCAACUCGGUGCCCGCCAAUGCAAGGGUCAAGAUCACUUUCUCUUUCACCGGUCAGUAAUGGCGGGAGUCUCUCUGGUCUCUAGGUUAGCUACACGCAACGUGUGGGAUGCUGUGAUUGAGUGCAUUGGGUUGAGGGCGGUGAGGGUGAGCUGGGGGCCGCUUCAUUGUGUGAUUCUCCCGGCCCGGUCCUAGCACAACACACAAUCGUCCAUGGUGAUGGCGGUACGGGUGUUGUUGCUGGUCGUGUGUGCAUUCAGAUAAAUAAUCAUUUCCGCCAUUUCUGACUCGCCAUCGUGUCUUUUGAAUGGGAAGAACAGGGAAGGCCCGGGAGAACCACAACAUGAACUUUUGAUGAGGAGGAUCAGCAAAGAGGGAGAGAACGAGGGGGGGGGGACUUUCCUAUCUUAUCCCCUCUUCUCCUGCAGAUGCGGUUGUGAUGGUGUUUCCAGAAAUAGAAAUAGAAUCGAGAGAUUCUUUCGCGCGCACUGGAAAUUUAUUGGAUUCCAUACCGGGGGCGCACACAAAUGGUGACGAAAGACACGCAUUUGCUGUUUCCGAUUGUUUGUAUAGCUACUAUGCGCCUCUGCGUGUGUGUGUGUGUGUGUGUGUGUGUGUGUGUGUGUGUGUGUCUUUGUGCAUGUGUCUAUAAUUAAACAAAACAACAUGAUGAACAGGAACGUUGGGUGGGAAGGUCUUCAGAGCUGUCAAAACGAUGGCCCGAGGGCUGUCAGCCGACUCCCCAGAUACCACCAAGUGCCGAUCAAUUGAUCUAAGUAGGCCUGUUCCUGUCAUUGGAUACGGAAUUUGAAGACAUCCGCAGCGAGCAAACCACACCGUGAACCGUGAAAGAAGCCACUGAAUGGCUGCACGCAGACGAUCUCCAAAAUCCGAACCCGAAGUGCUUACUAUCAAACUGUUGUUGUGUGCUGCCAAUCAAUGCAAGUGCAAGUGCAAAUCCAACGCAAGUGUGUGAGUGCAAAAGGUGUGAACCAAUGCUGUUGAUGAAAUAAUCACGCCUGUGCAGGAGAUUGUGUUACGCGUACCGAAAGUGCAGCAGCUCAGCUGUCCUCCAUUUUUGACGAACCUGGUUGGACGCGACACAAUGGCCAAUCAAUUGUGGUAGCCAUAUUUUUUUGGGUGCAGUUUUGGUAGUGCGAAAUGUUACCACCAGCAGCAGUUGUGUGGCUCUUCCCGUUAGUGUUCCGUAGUGGUUCUUCUUCCGACCGUGAGUUCUUGUAGGUGAAUUUCAAAGUAGUUAAAAAAAUAUUCAAACUUCUACAAAGUAGUUACCGAAACAGUUUCUGUUCGCUGUGCACGUUUCGAACGCAAUGGCUACUAGGGUGCAAUAAAUUCCUCAACAAUUGUUUGCAUGUUCGGUGGCACAAAGUGUCUGUGUAAGAUGGUCCCGUAGGGCAGAUGAAACCCGCGUAAAGAGUUAAAUAUACAUGUGGGAAGCAUUGGAGAUAGCUGGAAAACCCAUGCAGUGAGCAAAAUAAGUUGGCAAGAUCGUGAUCAUUUUGAUUCCAACUCAAAUAUGUACGUGUGUGCGUGAGUAUGAAUGGGUUGGUUAGUUCCCGAUCGAGUGAGUUUGUGCCAUACAUCAGCUAAAGUUGAGUCUAAAUCCCUACCACGGGUGCGGAUCGUGAGCGGAGGUACAAACGAAAGAUUUAACACAUUUGUGAAGUGUUGUUCAGAAGCGAAAACCUAAACCAAGAAAAUAAAAGAAGAAGAAAAAAGGUAUUGUUAAGCCAAUACUGCACAAAACGAGCGGAAGUGCGAGAAAAGUGGUGGCGUUGCAAGUGGAAAAGUUUUUUGUUUCCCUUCCAAUUUUUGUUCUGUGAAAAUCAAGAAGCAUACGAUUCACGUUUUUUUCUUUCGUGUGGGUUUUGUGUGUGUGAUUGUCUCUGAUACGCGAGUUUGUGUACGAGUUUAACACGUUUACAGCGCAGUAGAUGUAAACACAGAAUAGGGCACUAGCGUCAGCAUGUUGAUGAUGGUUGUGGUGUGAAGAAAAAAGCGAGAAAAAUCGAAGGCAAAAGAAGUGAAAACCCGAAACCAAAGAAGCAUGAGUGCGUUAUAUUAAUGGUUGAAUAAUUCGUUUCCAAAUUCGUGUGUCGUGUCGUGUACCAAGCGUUUUUUUGGGCAAAACCUCUGGAAGAGUUGAGAAGUUAAAAAAAAGGCUGUUGUUCUUGGUGAAGUGUGAGCCAGCAAGUGUUUUAAUUAUUCUGUGUCAGUGUUUCAUAGAGGGAAGGGUUUGUGUUGGCAGAGCUCGGAGACCGGGCGACCCGCGCUUGUGUCGAUGUGUUGCUAGAGCUCGGUAGGUGUUGUUAGCUCGAUACUGAUUUGCUGCAGAUUUGAUACGACCGAUUUUCACGGAACGGCCCCAACGAUGGAUAUACUGCCGAGCGGGAGCAUUUUCCGGGAGCUGCAGAUCAUCCACGAAACUGGAUGCUUCUCGUCCGAGUCGUCCUUCGAGGAUCAAUGGCAACAGACAUGCUACGAAAUGGAACGAUACCUGAAGGAUGAGCCGAAGCUGCAGAAAUACAAGAAGCUGCCGACCGACACACCCUGGGACCUGUUCGCCGCACCCGGGCCCCUAUCCGGCUCGUGGAAGGUCGAGGUCGAACCGUACUGCUUCGACGAGCUCAACCUGAACGACCGGGCGUCCGAUUCGCGGUCCGAAUCGUCAUCCUCCUCCUCCUCGUCCUCCUGCUUCUCGUCCGACGGGCCACCCGGCUCGAACGGAGCGACGAACGGCUGGCAGGUCGGUGGCGCCAGCCUACUCAGCUGCGCCGUCAUGGUGAAGAAGGAACCGAUCGACGACCCGGACGAUGAUCCCGAGUCGGACAGCCAGGACGAGCGUAGCGACAAGUACAGCAACCGCAUCAAUCCCACCACGGAACUAGCGAACCGGAGUAGCAGCAGCAGUAGUAACAGCAGCAGUAGUAGUAAUAAUAGUAGCAGUAACCACCAUCACCAUCAUCAUCACAGCAGUAGUGGCAGUGGCAGCAGCAGCAAUCACCACACCAGUCUUCAUCACGGUCACCAUCGGCAGGCGAUCGAGCUGCGGCUUGUCGCGCGAACGACGAGCAGCAACGAUCUGCUACCGACACUGACGCCCCCCUCCUCACCGGAGUCACACCUCAGCAAGGACAACUCGAACACCUCCAGCACGGCGACGGCCAACCCCACCACCACCACCACCACCACCACCACCACCAAUGGCAGCAGUUUAGCCGGCUCGAACGGGCUCACCUCGAUCAAGAAGGAACCGGCGGGCGAAAUUGCGCUGCUCGAUCGUCAGGGCGGGCAGAUAUUGCGCGUAUCGGCGGGCCCGCACGUGGUCCGGCUGACGGCGGGGGUGGCCGGUGCGAACGGCAAGAAUGUGGUGACGGGCGUGACGCGCGUGAUACAGGUCAGCCCCGGGCUGCAUGCGGCCAUCGCGCAGCGUAACUCAUCUGCCUCACCGAACGCGUCAGCACAACCGAGCUCGAAACAUCACCACCGACAGCAGGACCACAGUCCGGACGCGAAACGAAGGAUACACAAGUGUCAAUUUCUCGGCUGCAAAAAGGUCUACACGAAAAGCUCCCAUCUGAAGGCGCACCAGCGAACGCAUACAGGAGAAAAACCGUACAAGUGUUCGUGGGAGGGUUGUGAGUGGCGCUUCGCCCGUAGCGACGAGCUGACGCGCCACUACCGGAAGCACACCGGCGCCAAACCCUUCAAGUGCCGGCACUGCGAUCGUUGCUUUUCCCGCUCCGAUCAUCUUGCGUUGCACAUGAAACGGCACGCCUAAGGCAUUCGUCUCCAAAACCUUCCACUGCCGUUCGCUCCCGCGAGCAGCACGACGGCUCCAGCAGGCGAAGACACAACGAGCAAGAGAGCUUUACACCAACGCAGAAGCGCACGGUAGGAGACAGGCAGGAGAGGAAAGUUUUUAAAAGCACCCCGAAUUGGAAACAAACGUGUGACGAUAGGCAAAACUAAACUGUGAAUAGUAAAUGUAGAAAAUCGAAACUGGGAAAACAAUGAACACACUAAUCACCAUUGGCUUUGAAACUGCGAAGCAUGGAAAACCUCCGCACGCCGACUCGGGAAAAAGGCUAUAAAUGCCAAACGUGCAUCACACUGUAGGGGCACAGGCAGGGAAAUCGCUCUUUGGCUUACCCAAUUUCACCCCAUCAUAAUCACCAUAAUCGUAAAUCGUUCACCUUCUUCUCCGUUUAUCCGGUUAUCUAUCUCCCUAGCGUCGAUCAGCGUUGUUAGAUGCUGCUUUCCGUUUCGUUUAUGGACGUCCAGUUGAGCUGGAUAGUGUUUUGAGUACGAGAGAGAAGAAAAAAAAAAGAAACGUUUUUUUACUGAUUGAAAACCAAACAAAAAGCGCCAUAUUGAAGCAUUGAAACAGUACAGCAAACAUACAAAAACAAACAGAGAACAUUUUGAAGAAGAAGAAAAACCGCGCCAUUUGUGCUGUUAUGUGUUUCCAGAAAACCAACGUCCAAACUCUGUAUGCUGUUGUACUCGGUAAGCUAACAGACUCACAUUUAUAAACGUAAGCAAAAUGUGCAAAAUGUAUUGAUUUGUUUAAGUAGCUUAAGUUUCAAAGUUCGGUUUAAGUUACCCAUGUUUUAAGAAUGUGUUCAGUAGGAUUUCGUGUUACACCAAUGUGUAUAAUACCAUUGUAGUAUGUAAGGUUUACGUUCGUUUCUUUACAUGUUUUUGUUUCACUUGAGUUUGUGCAUCGUUUAUUGUGUUGUCAUCGAUGGUACAUGUUUUUGAUUAGUUUAAGAGUUUUUCUUUUUAAUUUUAUAAUAUUGAUUCAUUCUUUGUUGGUUUUGUAUUUUUGUUUUGAGUUUAACAUUUCAGUAGCCUAUGAAAUAAGUUUCACUUUUCGCGAAAUGAGUUUUAUAAUGGCAAAAUAAUGAGUAUUUUCUAGUUUUGGGUAACGUUUUAUAAGUUUUACAAUUUAUUCACGAUAACGAUGGAUUGUGCUUCCAAAACCGUUAUUUAUUUAUAGCUCUUCUUUUGUAUUAUUAUUCUGUUUUGCGUUUUUAAUCAUCUAAUAUGAUCGUUUUGUAGUAAGUUAGUUUCUUGAAAUUAAGUUUAAGCAUCGUUUUCUUCAUACACGUGGCCAUUAAUUGUUAGUACGAUUUUCGUAUUGUUUCGUAGCUUUUAAGUUAAAUUUAAUUGCCAUUUCUAACAUCCCAGGCGUACACUAGAGUUUAAAUAAUUCCAAAUAUCUUUUUAACAAAAAAUGUUCAAACAAGAAAGGAAACAUUUUUGUCCCAUUCACUCUGUACACAUGCCAAGAGAAGACAAGACGAAAAGGAAACAAAGAAUACGAUCCAACACUUAUAAAAACAAACAUCACUGCCAACACAGAAAAUACCGUAACCAAGUGCGCCGUGCAACUUGCGUGACUUUGAAGUGCAGGGACAUUCGGGGAAAAGUAAGCGUUAGGUUUGGGGUAGUUAAAAGGGGGUGGCAAAAAGAAAGUCAAAACGAAACUUUUAAAUCAAACUGUUGUAUCCCUUUUGGUAUCUUUUCCCGUGGGGUUUUGGGUAGCAAACGGCAAGCGGCAGAUAAAGGGGGAUGCACUUUUUCGUAACUACAUGUUAUAAAUGAUCAAUUUACUAGUAUCAAUCCAUUUCUUUCUUAACGUGCUAAUAUCAAUCAGUGUAUGUGUGCUUUCGUGCUGCUUAUAGCGAGAGAUAAUAUUCAUUAUUAUUCAGUGUUGAAACUAUUGUAAAAAGCAUCAAACAAUCGAUGAUAUGUUUAUAAAGUUUGCUAAAUGGUUAUGCUUUGAGUUUGAGCAACAAAACUACACCGUUUUAGUUUAUUUGCUUUCGGUAACUUCAUUGUUGGAGAGCCACACAUAAUGGAGAUAAACACGUAUUAACUACUGCUUUAUCUAUAUAGUGAUCGAAACACAUUUAUUGCUACAAAACACACACUUUUCUUCGAUUAAGAUUGAAAAAGAAAGAACAAAAUGUUGAUGAAGUUCCCCCUCAAACACACACUCACACACACACACACUCACGACACAAUUUUACACACCCAACGAAUGUGAUUGUUCCGAUUCCAGACGAUACAAAAUGCAUCAAAACGCCAUCAGUAUUUGAGUUAGGGUAUAUUUGUAAGAACGGUUCCAUUGCCGUUCUACAGCAAAAUCAAAGACAAACACUUUUGAUACGAAUAGCAAGUUAUGCAACUUGACCUGGCUGUAUGUUUAGCAAAAUUAUUUGCAAAACAAAGCAAUCGAAACAAAACACAUACAUGACGAUCAUACAAUUGCAUCAACAACAAACAAACAAACAAAAAACAACUAAAAACGAAGUAAAACUUUGGAGAAAAAACAUAACAAAAAAUGCAUAAAUCAAGAGAUAGAAGAAAACCACAUUUUGUAACACAUGAUUAUCACAAGCGAUCAUAAAAAAUGAAAACAACUUAAAAAGUAAGCAAAACCAAAAACAGGCUACCAUCACCACCACAAUCUUACCCAUUUUAGAGCAAAUAUUAGAAUAAUUCUGACGGGCUAUAAGUAAGCAAUUGGAGCAACGCAGGAAUGUUAUCCGUGAACUGUAAGGUAGAAUUAGAUUCAAAAAAAAGAAGAGAAAACCAAAACAAAAAACGAAACACUGCAACAGCAAACUAACAAACAGAGAAACAGAUAGAAACGUAAACCUAAACAAAGAGCUCACUCACAACUAGCGCAAAACUGAUGAUAGCCGUGCAGUUAAAACCAACGCAACAAAGUAAAACAAAACAAAACAAAAACAACGGCUAGCAAAAGCAGCGCUACCAUUAAAAGAGAAAAAGAACAGUGAAAAACAUGUGUCAAAAGUAGUAUUAAUCAAAGACUGGAUAAAUUUUUAACGUGUAUUUUAAAUGGAAAACAAGAAAAAAACGAACGAACUAACGAUUGUAUAAACAGCACAACCACUAAUCACACUAAUCACACACUAUUGCAGCGCAGGAUGCUACGCAGGGAUGAUGACGAGAGGAAUUGUUGUAAGAAGCGCGCUGAAACAUUUUGGGUUUCAAAUGCAGUUCAUUCUCGGGGGUGUUAAAAUCAACCUGCCAUAGCAAGGUGCGGGCAGGUAUAUGUACGUGUGCAUGUGUGUGCAUGUGUGUGUGUGUGUGUGUGUGUGAAAAGUACGGACAAUACAUGCUAUCUUCUGCUCUAAUUACAGAUUCUACUUACAGCGAUAUUUUGUCAUUUUUACCUACCGUUUUAAGCCCUAUUUGUGCUGCUUGUAAACUCCUUUUCCUUGCUAGUGUUAUUUUGUCUCAUAUUUUUUUCUCUAUUGAAUGCAAGAAAAAAUGGGGAAUGUGGAUUUAAAUCAAAACUAAUGGCAAAGAAAAUUUAAAUUAAAUCUAUGCACUAUAAACGUUACACGAUACACACGCAACACACACCUACAACCAGUACACAGAGUCGUAACGAUGCUGAAUGUCGAUAGAGUGUUAGUAAUGCGUAAGGUAGCUUCAGCACAGACGAGCAAACGCAAAACAAUACACGCACAAAGGUGCAAGAAAGCAAGAAAAGUGAAACACAGAGCAAGUGUGUAGACAGUUUAGAUAAGAUUGGAUAUUAUAUAUAUACAUACAUACAUAAAUGGAUAUAUAUAUUUUUUAAACACAUUUUUUUCCUUCAACGAACAGUAGUGUGACAAGGAAACGUUCCGCAGCAACAGAGAGAAGCCACUAGAUAAUUUUAGGAAGAGAUAAACCGAGGCAGAGAAGCGUAGAAAGAGAGAGAGAGAAAGUAAAGAGAGAAACUUAAAAGAAACUCACAACCCGAAAAAAACGACAUGCAACGGCAAUGAUGAUGCAAAACAAAAACCUUUUGGCACAACUAUGGUAAAGCUUUUUUGUUUUUUUUUUUUGUUUUGUAUUUCUUCACAAAACGUAUAAGCAAUAGCAAACAGCAGGGGCAAAGGGAUUGGAUAGAGGGUUUACUUAAAAAAAAAAAAAACCCAAACCCCGUUCCAAUUGAUUUUGAUUGGUGGGUUAAGCAGGUGACGCUGGUUUCACUUUUUGGUGUUUGUUAGAAGCUUCGGUUUUUGGCACCCGCCGCGCACACACACACGUAACAUCGAAGCCACAGGUGAUUUCAUUACGGUGAGAAACCAACGCAACACUUCCCUUUUUGACUCCCGGGACGGGAGGAAGCCAAAGCUCAAAGCUCAAAUACCACCAACAGCAUAGACAAAAAAAAAACAAACAAACAACACAAAACGCUCUACUAUUUUUAUACUCGAUUCGGCACUCGUUUGAGGUGAUUGUGAUUGCAAUGAAUGAGAAAUAGGGAAUCGAAUUUAAAUCGACAACUGUGCAAAACGUGUUAAACUUUACCAAGAAAAGCAAAAUGAAGAAAAUGUCUAAAAGAAGUUUAAAUAAUGAAAACAUGUUCGUGAGCAAACCAAAAAAAAAACAAUAACAUAACAAUCCAACAUAAGGGGAAAGAAUUUUAUACAGCUUCAUAGGAACUAAAUAUCAAACAGAAGGGACAGAGAGCGGAUAACCUUUAAAAAAAAUCAAAAAUUGCUCAACCACACUUGGUAACUAAGGAAAACUAUAAACACCUCUCAAUGGCAACAUCACAUCACCUAUGCCGAAGGCUUGAACAGCAAAAACAAAAGAUCAAACAAAGAGAAAUGAGUAAUAAUCGUUUUUAAAUUUAAAAAAAAAAACAUCCCAAUCAUUGAUCAUCGGUUACGGUUGUGUGAUUGUGUUUUGUAUACAUUGCACAGUAGGCCAGUAAAGAAGAUCAAAAAGUGUUGAAAAAGCAUAUGAAACCACACUCAUGCAAACAAGAAAGAGCAAGAAAAGCAACAGAAAUGUGAACAAGUGAGUGAGAACUGAAUGGAAUGGAGGAGAUUUAAAAAGGCAAGAAUAAAAACGAUAAAGCGUUGAAAGAGAACAGCGUUUGAAACAAGUAUAAAAUAUAAAUGUAAAAUUAAAAUUUAGCUCAUACUUUGCGCUUCUACCAGUAAAACGAUUCGUUCAAAACCUAUCGUUUGUAGGAAAGAGCAUAUGAAACCAAAACAAAGAAAGAGUUCGCCCUCUUGCAGACAAAAUUCAUAUCAGUUGUUCCCCGUUCGUGGAUUCAAGUGUUUCAAUUGUUUGGAUCGUUAUGUUUCGGUGUAGUUAAAAAAGGGCUAUUGCGGGGCUUACAGCUUGCACAACUAUCUCUAUUGUCUCUUAUAAGAUAAAUUAAUUAAGUACGAUAUAAAAAGGCAACAUUCUUAUGAUGAUUUAGCUUCGAAAUUUAUAAAUACAAUUUUUAUCCCAAAUUUAUUACAACCGCCAACGGUUGCGGUUCGUGUAGAUGAGUUGUUCUGUUUUCAAACAAAUUAAUUCAAUAUUUUGGCCACUCUAUGAAUUGCAUUCCGCUAAGUAAGCACCGACCGAGUUACUACAGCAUUCGCUUGUUUUGUACACAUUUGUGUCAGUUUAAGCAGUGAGUGAAACAAAAUUAGUAUUGAAUAUAAAUUAUUAUAUAAUGGAAAUCUUAUUACGCAAAAAGAGAGAAAGAAGAAAAAAACAAACCUCUACGUUCACUCGAUAUAAUCGACUCCAAUCGCCAUACCGAUUGAUCUUGUAUAGGUUUUAUUACUCCCAAACACAUUACAAAACACAUUAUAAUUAGCGUGCUGGCCCAUUGUGCAAUGGCGCAAGUGGGAAAGUUAGUAAUAAAACAGCAAAAAAAAAAUGAAAGAAACUUAAAAGCAUUGUUAUUGUGUCGCUUGUUAAACAAAAGCCCAAAAAACCCAACCAACCAACCAAACAAAAACACGUACCGAUAAAGUUCAUUUGCUUGGCGAAUUUCGUUGCAUCGUUGGUACGUGGGUGUGCCGUGCGCAUUGCUCAUCCCAAGCGCACUGAACACUAUUGCUGAAGGAGAUUUGUGUCCUCUUUAUGGCAGGGUAAGGAACAGGAAAGAAAAAGUAAAACAAAAACAAAAACAAAAAAACAACAACAGAACGGAACUACCGAAACGUGUAAAUACAUAGAGAGUGAAGCAAAACAAAGAAGAAGAAAAAACAAGUGAAGAAAAGAAGGCAAAAAUACACGAUCAAACGAGAAGGCCGGUGUAGCUAAAGCAAAUAACGUAACCGUAAGUAAAUAAGUGAUAUUUUCAAGUAGUUGGCAAAAUCUGAUAUAAAGAAGAAAACACGUAAAGAAAGAAGAAAGCAACAAACCAGUUGCACACACGAUAAAUAUUGAUAAACAGAGAGGUACGGAAGUAGAUUGUAAAAUAGAUAACAAAAAAACCAGAACAGAAAACAAUGAUGAAAGAUGAUAAACAUAGGAAACAUUCCCCACCCUGGGCCGGUAUUUGUAUGUAAAGAUGUAUAUGUGCCAGUAUAACGCCAGCGGUAGAGCGGGAGAGUAUGUUUGUAUGUGUACGUAAGUGUGUGUGUGUGUGUGUGUGUGUGUUUGUAUGUAUGCUAUAAGAUGUACCGUAGGUAUUUAGCAAAUAUUUGACACACAAAAGAGGAAGAGGAGACAACACAAAACAGAGACGCGUAAAUCAAACCGAAUAGUGUAAAACCAGACAAAUAGAGCAAAGCGAAACGUUGCAAAAGUUAGCAAAACCUAGUAUGCAGGAAAGAAAACAGCGUAAGCCGAUAAGUUCCCGGAAUAAGUCGGGAAUGCGUUCAGAGGGGUAAUUGAGCGCGAAGCUAUUUUUUAUGAAAGUUUAUAAUUGUAAUUUUGUCUAUAGUUGAUUAAAAAGUAGUAUAAAUGCAAAGAGAAAAAGAAGAGGGAGAAAGAGAAAAGAAGAGAGAAAAAGAGAAAGGAAGAGAGAGAAAGAAUUGUAAUAAAUAAACAGAGCGACAACUAAAAAAGGGAAAAGACAAGAAAAAAGAUCACAAACACGAACAUAACAAAAAACAAAUCAAACUGAAAAGUUAUCCAAUCCAAAAGAUAAAGCAGAAAACACAAAAGCAAACGUUCAGCCGGAUUGGUCCUAAAUAGAGAAGAUAACUGAAGUUGGCCAAAAACAGAAAACAAUUCAAAUAGAAGGAAAAAUCACAAAGAAACGACAAAAAGAAGCAAAAAAAACCACAGCACACAUUACGCACAAAUUGUAAUGAUUUGAACGUUCAGCAUUUCCUCCAAUCCGUUACCCAUCUCCCAUGCAGGCUAGCUGUGGACACCAACACAAGGCAAAAGAGGAAGUGUAUCGGCACAAAACCAGCACAAUUAUUAUUACAUUCUUGUACUAUCGUUUCAUGCGCACGCACCUUACGCCUCGCAAAAGGAUGCCGCUUGUUGAUUGCAAUUGAGUGUUAAUUAAAGUGCAGAACUUAACAGAGGAACGAAAACUCUCUCUCACUUACAUACGUUCUAACGCUCACGCGGUGUUGCGUUGAGUAGCAGUGCAGUAGCAGGAAGUGGCAUGCUAUCACGGUUCUGCGCCAUUCGGUUCAGUUCAGUCGUCCACACAGUCGCAAGAUGUGUUUUUUGAAUGUUAGAAAAACGGCCGCCAAAUAUCGGUUUAACAAAAUUGAGACACACAUACACAUACAGCCACACGCCAACACGACAAACGCACACAUACAAAUACACGCACGCACACGUACUCGUCAUCUUCUUUCUUAGAAAAUAUUAUUGUAAUUUGCGAUCUCGCACCCGGGCAACCUGGUGGUGCGGGACGACCGUUAGUGUGUGUGUGGUAGAGCACAACGCACACAGACAAAGUUUAGUAAAGUUAAGAAGCAAUCGUGUUAGUAAAUGUUUAACUUAAAACCCCUUCCUUCCCCCCGGGUUUGAUUACCAUUAUGCUCGAACCACUCCCUCGCCCCUCGAACGCCGCGAACGAGCUGUAGACGCGCGGCGUAACUCAAGUGUUCCGGUCCUUGUCCCAUUUCAUUUGCUCCCGCCAAUGUGCAUUCCAAAGCCUAUUCCCCUAUUCGUGUGUGUGCUCCUAGCAGGGCGGGUUUCCGAGUGAGUUGGAUUGUGAGUUGCAUUGCGUUGAUUGAAACGUUUGUUGUGUUGAAAAUGUAUCCACAGGGAACCCGCCCUCCCUCAUCCCAAAACAGUGGAGUAAAGUGUAUCCGUUUCUCUUCAUAUCGCAAUCUUAGGGUUAUGUAUAUUUCGUGUGGGUCAGAGAAGAAGAAAAAAAGCACGGAGAAAGGGUGAAAGACAAGCAGUGGUUAAAUUAAUGCAAAACGACAAGAAAUACAGUGUUUAAAUUAUUCGUAUCGUUAAGGGCUUUUAAUAUAAUUAUUAACAAACACUCAAAAUCAAAUUUCAUCGUGAAGAAGAAGCACAAAGGGAGGCGCGAUUGUGUGGUGGCACCAUGUGUUUUUGGGACACGGGACGUUUCUUAUCUGUUUGUUUGGAUGUGUUGUGUGCGCAAAGCAUCACUAGCGAGCACUGGUGAGCGGUGAAGGAAGGGAGAUGAUUUAGGGAGAGAGAAAAAAAAAUCCACUCAAAAACAAAACUGAGAACGUUUUUUAAAGCAGCAAAAGUGACAACAUUCUUAAAGGGGGAAGCAACAAAAAAAAAAACUGUACAGAGCUGGAUCAAACAUGGCGACACAGCUGAGAGAAAAGUAAAAAAAAAAGAUCGUGCCAUCGGGAGCUGGUUUGCAUUUAGUGAAAGGAUAACAGAAGUGAUAACAGCACAAAACAAACACAAGCACACACACACAUACACAGGCACAACGCACGUGUGCAUGGGGAAGGACGGAGGUGAUGAAAGAGAUGAUGAUGAUGAUGAUUAGAAGAAAGGAUAUAAGCUAGUUCAAUGUGUUAGUAAUUGUGUAAGGUUUCGAUUGUGUGGCAUGUGCGCUACUAAGCUCACCUUUGUUAAGGCGCUUUUACACGGCGCUUGAUCAGUUUUCUGCUCAAAAAACCCGGUUCGUUGCUGCAUACUGAGUUUUCCUCUUUCUCUCUACUGCUCAUAAUACACACACUAAAGCCAAGCCAAGAUGAGCAUCAAACCGAGAGAAAUAUCAUUAUUAAUAUUAUAACAGCUUUUCGGUCGCAGUUACUGCUUACGAUUGUCUAAUAAUUUCCGUUGUUAACGCACUUAAACAAAUUGAAUUGCAAACAAAAACGUAAACAAAAACCGUACUGUGUUGUGCACCUGUUUGCUAAAAUGGUGCUACACCCAGAAACAACGCACACACACACACAGAGACAAAACUGUUGCAAUGCUACAGUGCAAAAUGUGAAUAUGAAAUGGAAAAAGAAGAAAAGCAAAAGUGAGAAAAUGGGAAAAACAGUCAUCCAAAGAAGGGAGAAAGAGAAAGAAAUAGAACAGAAAAAAAACACAUACACACAAAACAUGAACAAAAACAAUAGAGAAGAAAAAGAGGUGAAAUUGUUGUAUAAAGAAAGACACACAAACACACACACAUACAGCAAACAAUGUGCAAUGAAUGAGUUUAAAACACACAAGAAGAAAAAAAACAACACUCAGAGCAAGGGAAGAAGAAAACAGACGCAAAUUUAAAAAAAGAAGACGAAAAAGUGGUAAGGACAGCAGUAAAAAACGGCGUGCGAGUUAGUGAAGUGCAGCAGACGAAGAACGGAGCAUGAGAACGGAAUUGUAGCUUAUAAACUCUGCUAUGUGCAUAUUAAGUUUAAGAAUGAAAAAGAAAAUAAACGUACGUUCCUGUUACAAAAAUACAA